AUGGAUUUUGAUAUUGGAAGUGCAGUAGAAGCCGUUGAUGAGUGUGGAAUCUGGGCAAGUGUGAAAGUUGCAGAGAGAAACGAUGAUGGCUCUUUACUUGUUAAGUUUGAUGGCUAUGGUACUCGCUACGAUCGCUUGAUUGAAAACCAAUCUGAAAUUAGACCCCCCACACCAGCCGUCAGCCCGUUGAAACGAAAACGAUGCCAAAACCACACGGUAUUCAAUCUUUUAUUGAUAAAUUUCAGUAUUUUUAGCCUUUUCUGUAGUGAUUUUAUAAAUUUUAUAUUUAUUAUUAUUUACUUUAUUUUAUAUCUGAUAUCUGUUGAUUUUUUUGCAAUAGGUAACGAAAGCUCAAAGCAUUAUGCGCCGAUUGGAAAGCGGUGAUACUGUUUGGUUUAGACCAGAGGAAGAGGAUUCAGCAAUCUCAGCUGUGGUCCGUGUGACUGAUCAUUUUUUGAUGCAGUUACAGGUCGAGGUACUGAAAAUUUAUGUGAUGAUCUUUAUAUUUUGAAUUUAUAUAAUGAAUUUAUAUAAUGAAUUUUUCAUUUAUUUAUUACUGUUUAUGCUCACUUCCCGUGUGAGUGUGGGAGGAAACCAGAGUCUGGGUGCCGGAUAAAAUUCAGGACUUUGGGCAGACCAUUGACUGCUCUUCAAAGAAUCAAACCAACGACUCAGAUUUGAAAGGCACUUGUGCUGACCAUUGCACCCCCCCCCUCCAAUAUGUGUGAUGAUGCAUAGUAUAUAGCAUCCAAACGGCCUCAUACAUUUGCUAUGUGCUACAAAAAUUUAUCAUAUUCUACAUGUAACAUUAUUUUCUGGCAUGUGCGCUCCAUGUGGAAAUCAGCUACGGUUGACAGGGUCAGCGUGUAUAAUUAAAGUUCUACUACUACUACCCAGUUUUACUAAACACACUUGUUAGUGUGCAUAUAGAGUAAGAGCCCCCAAACUACCAUAGCAUUAAACAUCAGAUAUGGUAAUCUUUUUUAUACUACUCGCCUACUCUUCAGGAGUAUAUAUAUCCACACCGGGCAGGCUGAAAAGUUAGCUUGACCACAGUGGGAAUCAAACCUGCGACCUUUCGGAUACUAGUCCAAUGCUCUGCCAACUGAGCUACAAGGCCAAGUCUGUUCGAGUGAGUGGUAUUUGGGAACGAAGUCUAGAACCUUCGAUACUAAUGUAUUCUAUGAUCAUGAUAUUUUUUGUGACUGUGUGUUUUGAUGUUAUGUACUCAGGUGAAUAUAAUGGGUUUUUUGGGACUAAGUAUCCCAAAGGUCGCGGGUUUGAUUCCCACCUUGGUCAGGCUAACUUUUCAGCCUGCCUGGUGUGGAUAUACCGUAUACUCAGAGUAACUUUUCAGAUUAUUAUUCACUUUAUACUGAUCAUUAUUGAUUAUUAUUCACUUUAUAUUAUUGUUAAUAAUAUAUUAAAUUAUACUAUUAUAAUUACAUAAUAUAAUUAUUAUUACUGAUCAUUAUUAUUAUUUCCUUUUUUUUAUUAUUCAUUUUUUUAUACUGAUUAUUAUUCACUUUAUAAUUGUGAUCAUUAUUCACUUUAUACUGCCCAGUGUGGAUAUACACUCAGAGUAACUUUUCAGCCUGCCUGGUGUGGAUAUACACUCAGAGUAACUUUUCAGCCUGCCCGGUGUGGAUAUACACUCCGAGUAACAUCAAAAACAUAUUCACCUGAGUACAUAACAUCAAAACACACGAAAAAUAUCAGGCUUAAUGAUCAAAAGCUUUGCCAAAUAAAGUUUUGUGGUGUUUUCUACAAAAAAUAAAACUUUAUUAAUAUAACCAUGCAAACAUACAAGGAACUUAUUAAAAUAGUCAUGUAAUGUACAGAUAAAAAUCCUAAAGUAAGACAUGCAACCUUGUUUUUUUACUCUAAUACCAGAAGAUUUAAAUUUGUACUUGUCAGGGAGAUAAUAGAUUAUCUGGAUCUUCAGUGUUCUUAUUAUUGCACUCAGAUGAUAAAAAUUGGGGCGGCGGGGCGUACAGAUUGAAACCUUUGCCUAAUAAAUAAUGUUAUACAUGUUACAAUAUUCAUUUUAUACUGAAUCAGUUAGUACAAGACAUCAAGAUUAAUAUAUACAACUUGAUAUUGUUUUAGUUACCUGAUGGAGAGAAGCAGAUCAUUUCUGCACUUUCUUUGUGUGAUCCUCCACCCCCUGAACCAAAGAAAUCUAACCAUCAAGAAAGGCGACAUCGUCUGGAUAAACCAAGAUCAAUCAAGCAAACACCUUUGUUAGAAGAGGAACCGACAGCUACAUCAUCAUUUGUUGAAUGUGAUAUGGUCGAAGUACCUCACCUGUUUGUGUUACGGACAAAUGAUGGCCUUAAGCUUCAAGUAGGAAAUAUAGUAAAAGUAGAAAAUUUUGUUGGUCCUCUCAUGAUUGUUGAUUUAUCACAGAAACACAAUGAACUUCUAGCAAAGCUUUGUCCUUUUAAUUUUGAGAUACAAUGUGAUGUUAAAUAUAUAUCUUCAUGGGAUGGAGAGAAGCUUAAGUCCAAAACUGUGUCUGACAAGGCAUAUAACAUUGCUUCUCUAAAAUAUUUUUCAUAUUUGGCAUGUAAUGACUGUCCUGCAUUAAGAAUAUGUUAUCGAAGAGUUAUACUUGGAAAGGUUUUAAGAAAUAACAUCCAGUCUGGUUUUUCUAACUUAAAUUCCACAAGGUUUUCUUUAGGUCCUUUUGAUGCAUUCUGUGAUGGCCAAAUUUUUGGAUUUGGUUUAAGCACUUCUAGAAAGUUUUCUAUACUUGAAGAUGGAGACUUUCCCAUUUUAGAUUCAGUAAUGGGUGGGAGAUGGGAUGUCAAACUUGGCAAGGAUGCAAAUAGUUUUUUUAAGUUCGUAACAGUAGUUGAAGUUUCAAGGAAUACUGAUUUUGCUUUGCAUGUAAAUGUAAGAUUCAGCGAAUCUAAGUUCCUAUUCUGCAAUGAGUACCGACAAACCUGUAAAGGUGUAAUCCUGGAAAAAAAACAGGAAAUAGCCAACGGACAGGAGUUAACUGUAGGUUAG